AUGAAAUCAUUUGAAAAUCUUUUAUCAAAUAAAAUCUAUGAAGAAAAUAAAUAUAUUGAAGAAAAUUCAAUUAAAUAUAAUGAAAAUAAUAUAUAUUAUCUUCCUUAUUAUUAUAAUGAUAUUGAUAGAAAUAAAUGUGAAAAUAUUCUUCGAUUAAUUAAUCGUCCAGGAUGUUUUUUAAUUCGUCAACAUAAUGAUUAUUAUUUAUCAUCUUUAAUUAAAACUCCUUAUGUAUUAUCAAUAAUUAGUCCUUCAUUAAAUAUAUAUCAUUAUAUAUUAUAUAGAAUAAAUAAACGUUUAUUUAUAAAACCAUAUUCAAAUAAAUAUUAUUAUUCAUUAAAACAUAUUGUUAAAUAUCAUCAAGAAAAAGCUGGUUUAUUACCUUGUACUUUAGUUGAAUAUCCAAUACGGUUUUUCUUAAAUAAUGAUAAAUUGUCUUCAUCUUUUUCAUCAUUAUCUUCAUUAACUAUUCAAACAAAUAAAUUAAUACGUCAACAUAUUAUUGGUCACGGAUAUUUUAGUAUUGUUUAUAAAGGACUAUAUAAUGGAUAUAUUCCAGUUGCUAUAAAAACAUGUUCAAUAUCGUCGUCAGAUUUAUCAAUAGUUGAAUGUCAAUCAAAUAUGUUAUAUGAAGCUAAAACAAUGAUCAAUAUCAAUCAUCCAUAUUUAGUUCAUUUUUAUGGUAUAUCCUUUUUUGAUAAUCAAUUUUGUUUAGUCAUUGAAUAUAUACAUAAUGAAUCUCUUCUUUUUUGGCUACAAAAACAACAACAACAAACAUUUAUUAAAAAUAGUUUUCGUCGUCGUCUUGAACUAUUUUCUUUUCAAAUAAUUGAUGCUAUGUCUUAUCUUGAAACAAAAUUAAUUAUUCAUAGAGAUUUAGCAGCAAGAAAUUGUCUAAUUAAUGAUAAUAAAAAUAUAGUUAAAGUGAGCGAUUUUGGCAUGGAUAGACAAAUGUCAUCAUCAUCAUCAUCAUCAAUGAUCUAUCAAGAAAAAUAUGAUAAACCUUUUCCACUUCGUUGGUCUUCACCUGAAGUAUUAAUUAAUAGAAAAUACAGUUCAAAAUCCGAUGUUUGGUCUUAUGGGAUAGUUAUUUGGGAAAUAUAUUCUCUUGGUUAA